AUGGCUAGCCUGGUGGAGCUCGAGGCCAAAGUGGCAGAGCUCAAGGCCGAGGUGGCCGCUGCGCAGGCUCGCGGCGACAUGGAGGCUGUGGCGGCGGCAGCAGCAGCGUACACGCAACUCAGCGUGGAGAUCGAGGAGGCCUCGGUCAGAGAGGCAGCUGCGGGGUCAAGCAAGAAGGCAGAGCGUGAGCAGACGGAGGCAAAUGCACGGACCAAGGCGCAAGCAGGCGAGCAGGUUGUGCUUCACGUGUACGAUCUAGCGGCUGGAGCGUUGCCUGCGGCGAACCGUGCUGCGUCGCUGGUGGGACUCGGGGCGUAUCACGGCGGGAUCGAGGUGUACGGCGCCGAGGUGUACUUUACGUUUGAUGCGGGCAUUGUGACGUGUGCACCUGGUGGCAACACGGCGCACGUGUACAACUCUGCGGCGGUACUGGGCGAGACAAUGCUGUCUCGGCGCAAGGUCAAGGCAGUCAUUUCACAGAUGCGACGCGACGGCUGGAUUGCUGACAACUACGACCUACUCAAUCGCAACUGUCUGCACUUUGCACGGGCAUUUGUUGAGGCGCUCGGACUGCCUGGCGACGCCGUUCCGGCCAAGCUCAAUCGGCUGGCGGGCAUCGGGUCCAAGCUGGACGCGGCGGCAAGGGCGGUGGCUGGCACCUCGCUCUCAUUCCUGCGUGCAGCAACAAGCUUUGCGUCGAGCUCGGCAGCAACGAGCUCUGGUGGCUACACGCCACCAGAGGCAUCCGGCUGAGCGGCAGGCAGCGAGCCGCGCGGUGCGACGUCGACCGGCGGUGACGGCUCAUUGUGCG